GAUCACGCGAUUUCGCGAUCGCAUCUCAUCGCGCGCCGCGGCGCCUCUGACCGAUACGCAAUUGUCAGUGCCGCGCCAACCGCCGCGCCGAGUGAACGCCAGGGAGUGUUGCUCUUGCGCGCACCGCUCGUCACCGAAUAUAUCGCUCGCGAAACGGAAACUCGCUGUUCGGAGAACAGCAGCAGCCGCAGUAGAUUCUUCUCUCAGCCGAGCGACGUAGUGUUCCUUGACGCGAGUGACGGAGAAGACGUGCUCCGAAAGCAACGGAGACGUCUGAAAGUAAAAAAGAAAAUAAAUAAAUAAAAAGGUUUAAAGUGCUGAUAAAAUUGACGGGUCACGCACGCGGACGAAUGCGCGAUCUCUACGCUCGUUAAUGGACUAAUUCGAGGAAUUGCGAGUGUAUCGAACUUGUACACACGAUUAGAUAAAGGCGCAAAAGGCGGCGAGUCCGCUGUGUGAAGUUCAGUGGAUGCGAGUUCGCGGGCGGGCGCCGUGCGACCUGGUGAUCCAUGCGAAAACGCGGCCUUGCCCGCGGAUCUCCGAUGCCGCUGUCACCGUGUCACGGGUUUCCCUCGUACCCGCGGUAGCGAGCACGGCGACGAGAUCAGGGAUAUAAACAGGCGGACCACGUAAUCGGCGUGCGAUCGGCGCAUGUGAGAUGCGGCGAUUUUAAUUCCCGCGCGAGAGGAGCCGUCGUCGAUCUACGCCGCGGCUUGGUGCUUAGAGAGGUGCAAGGGCGCCUCUCGAGAUCGAUUCCCGUUCGACGAAGAUGCGAAGGUCACGAUGCUGAGACCCGGAUCCGUAGUGGGUCUGCUGGCCCUCGUGGCCAUGCUGAAGAUCGCGGACUCGAAUCGCUGUCUGACAAUGCUGGAAGAGGUCAAUCCAAAGAGAGAGAUCCAUCACGAGGGUUAUUUCAUGAACAUUCAGUUCGAAGUGUCGAGAAGAGUGACACAGAGAUUGGCGUCGGAGAUUAUGAAGAUCUUUUUGACCGAAGUAUUGGGCUACAAUGGAGUCGUCAUUGUCGAGAAGGAUGACAAUUUCAACGCGUCCGAAGUCUUCGGGAGACUGUCCGAAAAGCCAACGUACAACUACAAAAUAUUUCCAGAAACGAUGGUGAACAUGGAGGUGUGGAUUCCGCCGCAGCAGGACACGUCGCCGCUGCUGAGCAAAUACGACGUGAGGGAAUGUGGCUCGGUAGCGCCACCGGGUCACUUCGGCUGGUUCGUUCCGGAAACGUUAGCCAGGCUCGAUGAUAGUUGGCGGGUCUUUACCAAGCUGGAAACUGCCAGCAGAUUCGCCGUCAACGAGGAAUACCUGCCGAUCGUCAAGAAGUUUAUGAUAAACGCGGACACGGGGGAUUAUUAUUGCCAUGAGGCCUUCUGCCAGCACGGAAUGUACAUCCCGGAACAAUGUCACGGCCAAGGCCAGCAGAGGCCGCCGAACUGCGCGCUACUGCUAGCCGAAUACUCUGAUGUAACGCGUUUCAUAAAGGAACACAUUGAUCAGCUGAAGCUCUACGUUAAGGUUGUGUGGGUGGGUCCGAAUCUCAGGCAUCUGACCAAAUAUUUGAUCAGGGAAUACAUGCAAUUCGCGCAGAACUCGUCGGCUUCCAUCGACAACAGAUCGCUGGUGAUCCUGCACUACACGCCCAGCAGCGUGAUUCCGAACGAAAAGGAAUUCACGACGAUCGACUUUCCACGUUGCGAAACGAAGAAUUCGAUCGGCUGUGCGUACGAGUCGAACAGGCUGACAAAGCUGGUGUGGAGUAAGUUGCAAACGAUCGCGAAGAUCGCCUUUCAGGCGAUAUAUCGCGCCAAGUUCAGCCGAGAGAUGUACGAGGAUUUGAUCACGCGUCGUACACGAGCGUCUGUCAACGUCUCGGACGAGCAAAUCGCCUGCGAUUGGUUGAAGGAUAAUCUGAACUAUACCCUAACGCAAUGGAAGCCCAACAACGACGACAAGAACACCCUGUUCGUGGGUGGUAUAUUUCCCAUGAGCGGCAACUCCUACAUGGCCAAGUCGAUCGUGAUCGCCGCUAAGAUGGCGAAAGAAGUCAUCAACAUUAACAACACCCUGCUGAGAGAUUACAACUUGACGCUGUUAGCCAGCGACGGCCAGUGCAAGUCGGAUAUGGUGAUGAAAUCCUUCAUCGACUACAUCAUACAUAAUUAUUAUCAGAAGUUGGUCGGCGUGCUGGGACCAGCUUGCUCGGAAACCGUCGAGCCGUUGGUCGGUGUGUCGAAACACUAUCGAACGGUGAUAAUCAGCUACAGCGCCGAGGGAUCCAGCUUCGACGAUCGCACGAAAUACCCAUAUUUCUUUAGGACCAUCGGCGAGAACAAGCAGUACAAACAUGUCUACGUGCAGCUUUUGCAGAGGCUAGGUUGGCAUCGAGUGGCUUCACUGACGGAGGAUGGACAGAAAUACACCGAGUAUAUAUCGUACAUGCAGGACAUGCUCAGGGACAACAGCAUUGAUUUUGUGGCGAACGUCAAGUUCCCGAGGGAGCGAGAAGUUGACAUGAUGACGAAAUAUUUGCAAGGUUUGAAAGAAAAACGGGCAAGAAUUAUUAUCGCAGACGUGUAUGGUGAAGUAGCUCGUCAAGUUAUGUGCGAAGCAUAUAAACUAGACAUGACGGCAGUUCAGGGCUACGUUUGGUUUCUUCCACUUUGGCUCCGACCGCAAUGGUACGAUACCGAUUAUUACAAUCAAAAGGGCGAGCAGGUACCCUGCACCACGAGCGAGAUGAUGAAGGCCAUAAACGGACAUCUCGGCCUGUCGCACGCGUACUUCGCCCGGGACGACGAUAUAAUGCAGGAGGGAAUCACGGUGCGCGAGUGGCGCGAUCGUUACGAGAACAUCUGCCGAGCGCAGAAAAUGCAACCCUCUAACUACGCCGGUUACGCCUACGACGCCAUGUGGACUUACGCUUAUGCUAUAGAUCGACUUAUCCAUGAGAACCAGAGCUAUGUCUUCGAUCUUCACAGCGACCAUACGGUCAAUCGUCUCACGCAUAUUAUCAGCGAGACCGAUUUUUAUGGGGUAUCUGGAAGAAUAAAAUUUCUAGGUGGGCCAUCGAGAUACUCUGUUAUCAAUAUUGUUCAAUUUAUCGAUAACGAGACGAAUAUUGUUGGUAACUAUUAUCCGAAUAUCUCGGAAGCCAAGCACGAAGUAACAGGCGGUACUUUGGACUUGAAUAUUUCGGCUUUCGUAUGGUUAUCGGAGACGAUGCCUGAUGACGGUUCCGAGCCUCCAUCAAGAUGCGUCUUAGGAGGAUUGGCGGAACUGUUAGAUGUUUCUUGCGAAGUAGCGAUUGUGGUCGCUAAUAUUAUCGGCUUCGGUCUUCUCGGAGCAAUUUUGAUCGUUAGCUUCAUUAUCAUUAAACGAAACUACGAUAAAAAAAUGCAGAUCCACGAAAAAUACAUGAAGUCCCUGGGUAUCCUGUCACAGAUGGAUACUUCCAGUUUGGACGUGUGGGAAAUUCCUCGAGACAGAGUAGUGAUCAAUCGAAAAAUCGGAGAAGGAGCCUUCGGUACCGUUUACGGCGGUGAAGCUUUCUUCCCUGAGAAGGGCUGGUUAGCUGUCGCCGUGAAGACCCUGAAAGUCGGUAGCUCGACCGAUGAGAAACUCGAUUUUCUCAGCGAGGUCGAGGUCAUGAAGAAAUUCGAGCAUUCGAAUAUCAUCAAGCUGUUGGGUGUGUGCAUAAAGUGCGAACCCGUGUUGACCGUGAUGGAGUUCAUGCUUUACGGCGACUUAAAAACCUAUCUGUUGGCCAGAAGACAUCUGGUCAACGAUCGAAGCUACGAGGAUUCCGACGAAAUCUCGAAUAAAAAAUUGACCGCCAUGGCGUUAGACGUCGCCCGAGCGCUCAGUUAUUUAGCUCAAUUAAAAUACGUUCACAGAGAUGUCGCCUCGCGCAAUUGUCUAGUGAACGCCCAACGGGUGGUGAAACUCGGUGACUUCGGUAUGACGAGGCCAAUGUACGAAAACGAUUACUACAAAUUCAAUCGGAAAGGUAUGUUACCGGUGAGAUGGAUGUCGCCGGAAUCGCUGGCACUGGGUAUUUUCACGCCAGCGUCCGACGUCUGGUCUUACGGCGUGCUACUCUACGAGAUCGUUACAUUCGGUAGCUUCCCUUUCCAAGGGAUGAGCAAUAAUGAGGUACUCACGCACGUGAAGGCUGGCAAUUGCCUGACUGCGCCGAAGAAAAUAAAACUGCAGCUCGAAAGUUUAAUGUAUUCUUGUUGGACCGUGGACCACACGAAAAGGCCAUCGGCACCGGAGAUCGUCGAUUUCCUGGCGUUGAAUCCUCGCAUCAUCGCGCCUUGCCUGGACGUGCCUCUGUCGAGCGUGCAAUUAGAGCACACUGCGCAACUCGACAUACAGCUGUCGGAGAAUUCCAAUCGGAAGUUUUCCAUUUUGUGGCCGCAACGCUCAUCUUCGCAAACACAGGAAUUGAAGUUCCCGAACUCGCCGACCCCGCUUCUGCUGGACUUGAAUGGGCAAGACGACGAUCAGACUUUAGAGUCCCUGAUCAGUCAAUCUUGCGAGCAGGACAGUUCCAGUCCUCUGCUGGAUUCCGCAAGAGCCUCGGUCUUGAAGCAAACGUGGCUUCACGGAAAUUCCAGUGGUCAGGACAACGAGCCUCACAAGUACGUCAACCUUCAACCGGGUAUGCUGAAGUUGUCCUGUGAGCCCGGCAGAAAUGGUAGUGCCGGGAACAUUCAAAUGGAAGAGAGAACGUCCAUGCUGCCAGAAAAGAAAAGCACCGACGACGUGUCAGUGCUCUGACGCAAGUAGACGAUUUCAUGAAGAAAUUGGAAACUAGUCAGGUGCCUCGAGAUACGUUCGAUUAAAGAGAAACAACUGUACACGAUCAAGGUGGGAAUCCAUAAAGAUGGUGGCCAUUCCAGAAUGAAGCAAGAAAGUUAAUACAUACGAACGAAUUUCAAGGUAUUCGCCUUCAUCAAAUGUAAUCACCGAGGUCAUACGAAAGAAUUUUUUAAUGAGUCGACAGAGAAUCGGCUCUCGUUGAUGUGGCAUUUUAAUUAACCAGAUAUUCCCUUGAAUUAUUUGAAUAGUGAAGAAACUAAGUUUAAUCUAAUUGAUUGCGCGAUAACUCCGCAAUGAAAAUUUUCUCUCUUCUUAGAGAAUUCUUAUUGCGUUAUGGGUAGAACGUCUUGAAAUAUACUGGUAGCAAAAUUCGGUCUCGAAUAAAUAAAAAAAAUUCGACGAUGAGGCCUACAUAAGUACUCGUCAAAAGAAUGGUCGAAUGUAAAUUAUUUGAACGGUAAAAUCUUGCUGUUAAAAUGAGUCUUUGUACGUCAUAUGUGCAAUUUGCGCGCCUAAAUUAUGACGUAACAUAAGUAUCUUCAGCUCAAAAAAGAAAUAUUUAAACAGAAACAAAAUUUAAAAAAAUGGCACAUAAUAUCAACAAAGAAAAAGGAAAGUGUCGAUCCAAAUAAUGUAGGAUUAAUACAGAGAGCAUGUAUAUUUCUCGAGAAAACUAGCUAUCGAUGGCGAAAUUAAUCUACUGGAUUCACUUUUGAGACUGACUUCCAUUGCGAAAUUAAGUCGCAUCAUCUGACCGUCGCAGACACGGAUGACCGACAUUAUUCGUCAUCGCAGGCAAGUAACCAAACAAAAGAGGAGAGCUUACUUCUCGUAAAUGCGGAUUUCGCGACGAAAGCAAAAGAGACGAUCGACGUCGGUGCAUCCUUCAUCCAGCAGUUCGUCUUCUGCUCAAUGCAUCUUUAAGACUGACUCUCGAGAUGGAAGGGACGCAUCGUAUAUAUUGUUCUUUAUCCUUUUUCCUUUAUUUCUUUUUAUUCGAGUCACAUUUCGAGGGAAAACUAGCGCAUUUGAAUAGAUCCGGUGUUUUGCGAGUGGCGACGUGUUCGCGUUACCAUGACAUUUUUUUUAAUCGCAUAAAAAGUUCGGUAAUUUUUUUAUCCUUUUUUAACCCUUUCACUACCCAGUCCACUUUUUUUAUUAUUUCGUUAAAGUUAGACGUCUUCAAACAAAAUUAAAAAAUUCUUAAUGAAGUUUUUUCAUACAAAAAUCGAUAUGCUUAAAUUCUGUAGUUAUUGUUUUACUUCCAAGAUUUAAAUCUUACUUCCAGAUUUUAAUCUUAAAAUUGCGAAUUACUGUUUAAUGUUAUUGCAAUGGCUAGAAGAAAACAGGACAACGAAAGGGUUAAUAUAGCCUCGCGAAUGCGACUACGCGUUUGUCGAUCACGCGUCGCCAUCGUACAUUCACACUCACAUCACAAUUUAAUUAAUAUCGUAAGACUAAUCACGGACUGGCUGCAUACUCGAUCACAGAUGCGAUUAUUUAUUCAUACACGAGUGGAUUUCUUGCGAAAGAUUUUUAUACGGAAUAUAUGUUUCUUGUUAAGGGUCCACUUAAUAGCAUUCUUGUAUAAAGUUAUGUUGCCAGAUGACAGAUAAAGCCCAUCCUAUUUUGUGUAAAUAAACUCGCGUAAAUAUAUUUGGCCCUUUCCGGUAUCAAUUGACAGUUCCUUCAAAACCGUUUUUUUUUCAUGUUCCUGCAUUCUUGAUGUACAUAAACACCGAAAGAUGUUUGCAAAAAAAAUAUAUAUAUAUCUCUUAUUUUCAAAGUGAUAAUUAUAAAAAAAUUUGAUAAAACUCUACUCACAUAUCACUUUUUAAAUAAGUGAUUUAUAUGUAAAGCAAAGCGUGCCAUUCGUUAGGUGACAAGGUAGCAAAAAAAGUGCAAAUAAUUAUUAUACUUGAGUAGAAUUAUAAAGAGCUGGAAAGGGUUAAAAUUUUCAGCAUCCGCUGUUCAAUUUAAUGACUGAUAGCUGUACAACUUGUAAGAGCGAUUCACCGGAAACGCAUAAAGCAUCAAAGACUCCAACAGAAAAGUAUUUUUAAUUCUCGAUUCCAGUUCGUAAUUUUUCGAGCAUAUUUUGGUCGCAUUGUAAAACGUGUUUUCAAUUAUACGAUUAUAUUGUACAUAGUGCAAUUACACGUUUUUCGCGCGCAUUAUAAAGCAGUAUACAUGAUAUUCAUUUCAACAUCACUAUUCAACAAUUUUACAAAGACUUAUUUCAUUACACAACUAUAA